AUGGCCGUCCCUCUUGCCGCCAUGGUUCCAUUCGCGAAUCCAAUGUGCGACGACAAGACGCAGAAAAAGGUGCUGCGCAGUGUCAAGAAAGCGGCGAAACACAAGUCACUCAAACGCGGGGUGAAAGAAGUCGUCAAAUGCAUUCGAAAAUCGCCCCUAGCCACCCCCUCCACUUCCGCGACCGCCCUCCCUAAUGGCAUUGUCGUACUCGCCGCCGACAUCAGCCCCAUGGAUGUCAUUUCACACAUUCCCGUCUUGUGCGAGGACCACAACAUUCCCUACGUCUACCUUCCGAGCAGAGCGGAGCUGGGUGCGGCCGGAGCCACGAAGAGACCCACGAGUGUGGUGAUGCUGAUGCCAAAGGGCAAAGAUGUCAAGGGCGAUGACGGAGCGGAGUCGAAGGAGGAUUGGGAUGACGUCUACCGAGAGCUCCACAAGACGGCUAUGAAGCUGGGGCAAUAUGUUCGAGUUUAG